AUGAAAGUGAAAAGUGAAAGUGAAGUCGCUCAGUCCUGUGUCGGACUCUUAGCGACCCCAUGGAUUGCACCCUACCAGGCUCCUCUGCCCAUGGGAUUUUCCAGGCAAGAGUACUGGAGUGGGUUGCCAUUGCCUUCUCCCUUCAACUGUUUAGUAGCUCUUUUUAGCCAUGAUAAUAGUUUAUUAAUAGUUAAAUUUAGUGCUUCUGGGAUGAGGGUAAGAACCCUCAGGGAUGGUGUCUUAGACUGGUCUGAUUCAGGCCCUACUGGUUUAGAGGAAAUAGCCAUUGGUUCAUUCAAGAAGUAUUUAUUUGGUACUGGGGUACCAAGCACUGUUUUGGGGUGA